UAAAACUACCAUCCAAACAAAGUCUAAGUUGCAAAAGGUGUUUUGCCUCUUCCUUUUAUUUAUUUUUUGUCCCUUGGGUCUUUGGGUUUUAGGGAUUUUCAACCAUUUUUACUCGUUUCUCCCACCAUUAGGUGACCCCGUCUCUCUCUUCCUUUUACAAUUCAGACAUACCUUUCCGCAUUUAUCAUUUCUUGAUCUCUAAACCCCUUUUGCCCUUUAAUUUUCUUCUCUUUUCUGGUGGGUUCCUUUUUCCCUUAUUUUCCAACAUAGCUAGAAAGUUCUGCUAUUCCUUUUUGGUUUAAUCUGUUGGGAACUAACUCUUCAUGACUCUGAUGGAUGAGAUUGGAAUUGAUGUCAGGUUAGACUGUCGAAUUUUCCAGCUCCCAACAAAUUUUUAUUUAUAUUUGCUUUCUCUGUCUGUUUGUAGUUUUCUUUUUAAUUUAAUUUUCCUCGUUGAACUCCUGAGUAAAUUAAUGUAAAAUCUUGCUGGAUGUGAUCAAAUCUGUCAUCAUUUGGCAAGAAUUGUAGUUUUUUGAAGAUUUUUCAGCUUCUGUUAAUUCUUGAACUUUUGUGAGACUUUGAGGAUCGCAGUUUUGAUGAAUUAAAAGAGGUCAAAGAUUAGUGUAUCUUCAUAAGGUGUGUAUAUUUUCAUACAUUUGGUUUGAAUGGAGUACUGUAUGAUUGAUGCUGAUGGAUUAGGCAACAGCUCGGACAUUGAAGUCGAUGACAUAAGGUGUGAUAAUAUAGCGGAAAAGGAUGUCAGUGAUGAAGAGAUUGAUCCUGAGGAAUUGGAGAGGCGAAUGUGGAAGGAUCGUGUCAAGCUCAAGAGGCUUAAGGAGAGGCAGAAACUUGCUGCACAACAAGCUGCAGAGAAGCAGAAGAACAAACAAACCACUGAUCAAGCUCGGCGAAAAAAGAUGUCAAGAGCUCAAGAUGGGAUUUUGAAGUACAUGUUGAAACUCAUGGAGGUCUGUAAAGCUCGAGGAUUUGUUUAUGGAAUUAUACCUGAGAAGGGUAAACCAGUGAGUGGUGCAUCUGACAACAUAAGAGCUUGGUGGAAAGAGAAGGUGAAAUUUGAUAAGAAUGGUCCUGCUGCAAUAGCAAAGUAUGAAGCAGAAUGUUAUGCAAAAGGAGAGGGAAUUGGCAACCAAAAUGGGAACCCACAAAGUGUUCUGCAGGACUUGCAAGAUGCAACCUUGGGGUCCCUUUUGUCUUCUUUAAUGCAACAUUGUGAUCCACCUCAGAGGAAGUACCCAUUGGAGAAAGGCAUCUCACCACCCUGGUGGCCAUCAGGGAACGAGGAAUGGUGGGCGAAAAUGGGUCUGCCUAAGGGUCAGAACCCACCGUACAAGAAGCCCCAUGAUCUAAAGAAAAUGUUUAAAGUUGCUGUUCUAACUGCUGUUAUAAAGCAUAUGUCACCUGAUAUUGCUAAGAUCAGGAGAUUAGUCCGGCAGUCCAAGUGUUUACAGGAUAAGAUGACUGCAAAGGAGAGCUCAAUAUGGUUAGCUGUUUUAAGCAGAGAGGAAUCCACUAUCCAGCAACCUAGCAGUGACAAUGGAUCAUCUAGCAUAAGCGAGGCACCUACUGGAGGUCAUGGUGAAAAGAAGAAACCUUCUGUUGAUAGUGACAGUGAUUAUGAUGUUGAUGAUGUUAAUGUCUCUGUUUCAUCUAGAGAUGAGAGGAGAAAUGAACCAUCAGAUGCUUGUCCUGUGAGUGCUGUUCCUCAAUCUCACCAAGGGAAGGAGCAAGGAGAUGGACAACGUCGAAGAAGAAAAUGUGCUAGGUCAAACUUUCAACAGACCCAACUGUCUCCCAGUGAGCAGCGGCUUGAUGAUGAGGCUAGAAACACCUUACCUGAUAUAAAUAAUUCGAAUGUGCAGUUUUCUGGGUACAUUACAAAUGAAAGCCAACCAGAGAACAAUAUGAUGGGACCUAGGAAGCCCGUGGAGAAAAACUCUGGGGGUCAAUCUGAAUUACCAUUAAAACAAUCCAACCUUUCCAUGGUUCCAUCAGUUAAUGCAGUCUCUACAGAGGAUGCAUUUGUUGGCAAUAGGCCUUUAAUUUAUCCAAUGUUGGAAAACUCUGAGGUUGUCGCGUAUGAAUCAAGGUUUCAUCUUGGCACUCAAGAUUCUGCUGUGCAGCUCCAGCUUCAUGAUACUCAGUUGCAGAACAGACCUCAGUUUUCUGGGAUGAAUAAUGAACGUCGAAGUUCCAUAUUUCAUUAUGGACUUCCCAACAAUGGGUUGUAUAAUGGACCUCAAAGUUCCAUCCUACAUCAUGAAUUACAGGACUCAAGUUUUGCUCGUGGAUUUCAAUAUUCAAACUUGCAUCAACCCCCUGUAUAUCAAUAUUAUACAGCAUCGGCUGAAUUUGGGUCAGCUCAUGAAGAGCAGCAGUCUCACUUGGCAUUUGGCCAACCUCAAAUUAAGCCACAGGAUUCUGGAGUUAAAUCAGCAGUGCUUCCUGGAGAUAGAAAUGAUAUUUCUAGAGAGGACCACCAUUAUGGAAAAGACACAUUUCAGAAUGAUCAUGAUAGACCCGUUGAGAUGCAAUUUGCAUCUCCAAUCACUAGUGGCUCACCAGAUUAUGCUAGACUCAGCAGUCCGUUCAACUUUGAUCUUGAUGUCCCAAAUACAUUAGAUCCUGGUGAUUUGGAACUGUUCCUUGAUGAAGAUGUGAUGACAUUCUUUGCCUCGUAGGCUGCUAUGUGGAAAAUACAACAUUUAGUAUGUACCUGAAUGCUGUACGUAUUGUGAAUUGUGAGUCCCCUCUCAUAAAAUGAGAUCCUGGACUGUAAAGUUAUGGUAUUCAGCUGUCAAAAUGUAAAUUUAGUGGCAGGAUUUUUUUUUACUUCCUUAUCGUUUUCUUUAAUUAUAACAAACUUCCUUGUCAUGCUAAAUAAUAUUCUUUCAAGUGUGCUACA